AUAUCGUCAGUAGACAGUAGAACGUUAGAGAGCAGCGUGUUGGAGUUGGAGUUGGAGUUGGAGUUGGAGUGAGAGGGAGAGCGGGCAAAGCAGAACAUGGAGGGAAUCCGGUCAAGCUGUGUAUUAAGCUGCUAUUCUUCUAAAACUUAUUUCAGAUUACAUCAUCAGGCGUUGGAGUAUCCAUUUCUGUGCCGGUUGCCGCUGCCACUGCCACUGCCACUGCCGGCCAAGCGUCAAUUCACCUCAAGCCCCACAAUUCGAAGCUGUCUCCCUACCUUGGCCCUGCAGGUCCAGGACCAACAAUCGUUUCACAAAUCCAAAGAAAUGCUCCCAAAGAUUGACAAGAGUGGCCGCUUUUGCAGCCCCAGAGCCGCCCGGGAGCUUGCUUUAUUGAUAGUUUAUGCGGCGUGUUUACAAGGCUCGGACCCUAUUCGACUAUUUGAGAAACGAGUUAAUGCAACAAGAGAACCUGGUUAUGAAUUUGACAAGGCCUCACUAUUGCAAUACAAUCACAUGAGCUUUGGAGGCCCUCCUGUCACUACACAAUCCGUUGAAGAAGCAGAUGAGCUUUUGCGCAGUGAUGAGCAGGAUUCUGCAAUUGAGGCAGAAGUUCUUUCAGCUCCUCCAAAGUUGGUGUACAGCAAGCUACUAUUGCGUUUCACAAGGAAACUGUUGGUAGCAAUUGUGGACAAAUGGGACAGUCAUGUCCUUGUUAUUGAUAGAAUUGCCCCCUUAAAUUGGAAGAAUGAGCCAGCCGGCAGGAUUUUGGAGCUUUGUAUUCUUCACCUGGCAAUGUCAGAGAUGACUGUUCUUGGAACACGGCAUCAGAUUGUCAUUAAUGAGGCUGUUGAUCUUGCAAAGCGGUUCUGUGACGGGGCAGCACCACGAGUAAUCAACGGGUGCCUAAGGACUUUUGUGAAGGAUCUUGCUGGGACUGGCAUAGCUCAGGCCUCAAAACAAGGAAGUGCCACUUGAUGGAUGAAGUGACAUCAUUGAAGGCUGUCGAUUUGAGGUCUCCCAACAAAAGGUGGACUAUGUGUAGUGUAUUCUUCAGCUGAUUUUGGAAGCGUCGUCACUCUUUUAGUGAAGCUCAGAAUGCACAAUAGUGCAUAUGAAGCGAGUGAGUUAUUAUAACAGGCUGCACCGAAUUAAAAACCAGAAAUAUUGUGGCAAUGAUUAACAUUUGACAAACUGAAUAAUUUUGUAUAUGAUUAUGCUGUAGUUGGAAUACUUAUGUGAGAAAAAACAUAAACUUAUAUGAAUCACCUACAUCAUUCUUAAA